CUCGCGGCGGCGGCGGCAGGGACACGAUGGACGAUGGCGGCGGUGGCCCUGCCGAGGCGCCCGGCUCCCGGGGCUCCCCCGGGCAGGCGCCACGGGUCCCGCGCGCGGUCGGGCAGGGUGGCGGCGGCGGCGGUGAGACCCCGCGGACGGCGGCGCUGGCGCUGCGCUUCGACAAGCCCAUCAAGCAGGCCUUCUACAACACGGGGGCCGUGCUGUUCGUGUGCCUGUGCUGCGGCGCCGCCGUGCUAGUCUACUUCAUCCUGGAGGCCUUCCUGCGGCCGCUGCUGUGGGCCGUGCUGUGCGGCACCUUCCUGCAUCCUUUCAAGAGCUCGCUGACGCGCCUGGGCCGCCACUGGCUGCGGCGGCUGCACCGCGCGCACACGCCCAUCUUGCUGGCCGCGCUGCUGCUGCCUCUCUGCUUCGUCGACUACGGCGUCGAGGCCCUGGGCGAGCAGGUGCUGCGCCGCCGCCGCCUGCUCCUGCUGCUCGGCGCCGGGGGCCCGCUCCUCUACGGCCUCUACUGCCUCGGCAGCUACCUGGGCGUGCAGGUGCUGCUGGCGUACGCCGGCGCGCUCAUCUGCCGCGGGCUGGACUACUUCAGCAGCCUGUGGAUCUGGACAUUGGUAGUUGGCUAUGUGUUGACUGUUUUAUUCAAGUGGAAUGCAAGCACUGAACGCUACUUGAGAGCAGUUUCAAUUCCUGUCUGGAUUAUAUUGCUUUUUCAUUUAGCAUCCCUGGCUGGCUCAUGGAGAAUUCCAGUAUUCCUGGUUAUUGUUUUUUUGAUGUCGGUGGGCACCCUCUAUGAAAAACAGAAUGGAAAAGAAUCUUCUGGGGCAGAGUUACCAGGGCAAGUUAUUUCCAUGGCAGCCUCUACUCUAGCAAACUUGGCCAUCUCUAUCACAGGGUAUGAAUCAAGCAGUGAAGACCAGUCCUCGACUCAGCCUGCAGAAACCACGGACAGAGGAGAACCCCCUCCAACAUUGUCCUCCUCUUCUUCACUGUCCUCCCCUUCACCCACUCUGGGCAGACAAAGGCCUGAAAUCGGAACGUUUCUUAGAAAGAAGAAAACUAGUGAUAUCUACUUUGUGUCUCUUGUUUGGGCCAUCAUCAUUGUCCAGAUCUGGUUGAACCUGUGGAUUGUGCAGUUGCUGCCAGUGCCUGUUGCAGUCUGGAUACUCAAAAAGCUCGUCAUUCACUUUGGAGUUGUGGACUUCCUGGAAAAACGCUACCAUGUGUGGUGGGGGGUUAUGGAGAGCUUCCUGAAGGAGCGGCAGGGUGCUCUCGCACCUUGGCCAAUCGUGGGGCUUGGAAAAUUCUUGUUGAAAGUUGAUAGCAAGCUCUGGCACUGGCUAAAUAAGAAGAUGAUCAUCUGGUUGGAGAAGAUGUUAGAUAAAAUAAUUAGCAUUUUCAUCAUAUUUUUGUUAGUGAUAGGAACUCUUCUUUUAGCCCUACUCCUGACUGCAAAGGUACAUCAAGAGAGUGUACACAUGAUUGAAGUCACAAGUAAUCUGAUUAAUGAAACUCUAGCAAAUCACCCUGAGUGGGCAAAUUGGCUUCCUGAGGCUCAGGUAGUCCAAAGAGCCCUGAAUUCUGCGGCUAACAAUGUCUAUCAGUACGGACGAGAAUGGAUAACCCACAAGCUUCAUAAAAUUCUAGGAGAUAAGGUGAACAACACUGCUGUAAUUGAAAAGCAAGUACUAGAACUUUGGGACAGACUGUAUCACUCUUGGUUUGUAAAGAAUGUAACACAUUCCGGGAGGCACAAAGGACACAAGAUGCACGUGAAUCGUCAGAACAGCUGGCUGGGAGACAUUCUGGACUGGCAGGACCUUGCUUCCUUUGUGCACGAGAACAUUGAGACGUUUCUUUCGAUCUUGGAGUCUCUGUGGAUUGUGAUGAGCCGGAAUGUGAGCCUGCUAUUUACUACGGUCACUACGCUCCUGACCAUCCUCUUCUACAGUGGGACGGCCCUUCUCAAUUUUGUGCUCUCUCUGAUAAUUUUCCUGACCACACUAUUUUAUCUGUUAAGUUCCAGUGAUGAGUACUACAAGCCAGUGAAGUGGGUGAUAAGCCUGACUCCACUAUCUCAGCCAGGUCCUUCCUCUAAUAUUAUUGGCCAGUCUGUGGAAGAAGCUAUCAGAGGGGUGUUUGAUGCUUCCCUCAAAAUGGCUGGCUUCUAUGGAUUGUAUACCUGGCUGACUCAUACUAUAUUUGGCAUCAAUAUUGUCUUCAUACCAUCAGCUUUAGCAGCAAUCCUUGGAGCAGUGCCAUUUCUGGGGACGUAUUGGGCAGCAAUACCUGCAGUUCUAGACCUGUGGCUGACACAAGGGUUGGGAUGCAAGGCCAUUUUACUGCUGAUUUUUCACCUUUUGCCAACAUACUUUGUAGAUACUGCAAUCUAUUCUGAUAUAUCAGGAGGUGGCCAUCCAUACCUGACAGGCUUGGCAGUGGCUGGCGGAGCAUACUACCUAGGCCUGGAGGGAGCAAUCAUUGGGCCCAUACUCCUCUGCAUUCUGGUGGUUGCUUCCAAUAUCUACAGUGCCAUGCUCGUGAGUCCCACAAAUUCAGUGCCCACGCCAAACCAGACCCCAUGGCCUGCUCACACUCAGCGGACUUUUCGUGACAUUUCUGAAGAUCUGAAAUCUUCUGUAGACUGACAUGGUUUCCACUGCAAUGAUUUUUCUAGGAAUUUCAACUUUGACAAAAGACUUCUAAGAGUUUUUAGCAUGCCGUUAUACAUUGUGAAAUUGUAAGAGGAGACAAAGACUGUUUGACCUUAUACUGCACACACCUGCUUCCAUUUCUCCGAGCAUCCACAGGUCCUUUGGGAAACAUGGCUCUCAAUCAAGUGUACUACUUUUUUAGAAGACAUCCCUAAUGGAAAUACGGAAUGGCAACUCUUACUGGGGUACCAUGUAAUGUGUAAUAAGUCCUGAAAUUUAGGGAGAUACCAGAAAGAAAGUAUAUUUGCCAUUCAGAGCUAUACUUAAGGUAUAGAGAUUCUUUUCCACCUAUGGUGUGUACAAUCAGUAUUUGUGUUUAAUUUUGCUAGUUUUUCAAGGAUCAAUUAAUGUGCAAAUACAGUGGUUAUAUAUUGAUAUUACACUUUAAUAAUGCUUUUGUAUGGCACUUUAUAGUUUUCAGACACCUUUAGUAACACCCUGUGAGACAGGCAGUAUUAUCCUCAUUGUACAGAUGAGGCACUGGAGGCUCUGAAAGGUUUUUUUGUGAUUUCCCCCUAAGUUUAUACACGAAACAAUGGAGCCAGAACUCAAUUGCAGAAAUUCUGACUCCAAGUCCACAGUUCUUUCCUCCACUUUCUUACUUUUCUUCCAGCUUUAUGUUUUACAAUGAAAAGUAUGAAAACAAAUCCUAAAGUAACACCAUUUUGGCUUAUUAAAUACCAUUUCUUUUUUAUUGCGGUGACCCAGAAAGUGUAACUAUUAUUGUACCUAUCUCAAAGAAAACCCUUCUUUGUUCUUUGCAGUGCCACUUAUUUAGGUAACUGAAGUGUAUUUCAAAUGCCAUUUGAUUUUGAACCAAAUUGGAUAUAUAGUUGUAAUUGUUGUUUAUGUAAUUCUUUGAAAAUAUAUCAUCUUUGCAUUCCCAGGCAAAGGAGAGAUCUGGUUUGACAGUAAAAAAGAAUAUUCAAAUAUAACAAUAAAUAUUCUCACACAAAUGCUGUUUCUUAGCUUUAACUUGCUUUGACAUUCUGAUGUAUCUUCUUUGUAAAUGUAAAAUAUUUAUAUUUUGAAAUAAAAUUGCUAGUGUUGGAUGAA